AUAACUGUUUCUUUGCAGGAGGACACGUGUCUGUGCUCAGCAAACACUGCGCUUUUCUUUUGAAAUACUUGACCGGAAAUCACUGCUUCUCUGGAAAGAGACAGCAGUCAGAUAAGUUAGAUGUAGUUUAUGCAGCGUUGUGGAACAAUUUUAUACUGGUGUUUUAGUCUGUGCGUGAUUUUCAUUUAAUAACUGGGUUUAUCCCAGUCAACAGUCAUUUCAGUUCGCGCGGCCGGUCAGCUAACUGUAACGUUUCCGUUAGCUGUGUUUACCCGACAGGAAGGACUGAAGUUAACGUUAUCGUCGAUCAAAUAACGGACUAGCCUGUUAGCUAACGCCAGUUAGCCAGGCCAGGAGCCAGUGAUUAAAGAUAAUAAUUUUUCUAUCCCGGAGAGUAUUUAGGUGGCGUUUCGGGUUUUCUCGCUCUCUCUAUUUUGCCACGUUAACUGUUCGCAACAUUUUAGUGUGGCUAGCUGAGCUAAGUUAUCGUUUGCAGAACAAAAAAACGCUUCGCCGUGGUCACAACUGUCUCAGCUUUCGCUUUUCAAAGUUUGCGUUUCCCGUUAUGCUGAAGUAGCUGUGGCAGCAUAAAGCUGCUAUGGUGUCUGCAACUGCGCUGCACCUGCCACGUUGAACAACAGUGACAGUGACACCUGGUCCAGCAUGAAGGCCCUCGGAUCCAGAUUCUACUUCUAUGCCGGUUUCGUGGUAGGAACCUUCACACUGUACGUGUUUCUGCGGCAAGUGUGGUUUGAGAGGACUUUGUCAGCACACCAGGCAACCAGCCGUGACAAACAAGACUACCAGGAACAGCUUGAUGAAGACAGAAAGAUAUGGAAGAAGGAGAGGUCUGCUCUUUUCAACCUGAAGCACCCUCAUCAUACAGGUGAGGAUAGCCGCAUGGCUGAUGAACUAUACAAUAAGGUGCGUAUUCUUUGCUGGGUGAUGACUGGACCCAACAACCUGGAGAAGAAGGCUCGGCAUGUGAAGUCCACUUGGAGUCGCCACUGCAAUGUUGUGGUCUUCAUGAGCUCCGUGGAGGACCCCGACUUCCCCACGGUGGGCUUAGGUACAAAGGAGGGUCGGGACCAGCUGUACUGGAAAACGAUCCGGGCCUUCCAAUAUGCCUACGAGCAUCAUGUCCAUGAGGUCGAUUGGUUUCUCAAGGCAGAUGACGACACCUACGUAAUUGUAGACAACCUGCGGUGGGUUCUUGCAAACCACGCGCCGGACGAGCCGAUUUACUUUGGCCGAAGAUUCAAGCCCUACACCAAGCAGGGCUACAUGAGCGGGGGUGCAGGCUAUGUGUUGAGCAAAGAGGCUCUGCGGCGAUUUGUAGAAGGAUUUAAAAACAAACUGUGCACUCACACUACCUCUGUAGAGGACCUGGCAAUGGGGCAGUGCAUGGAGAAAGUUGGGGUGCUGGCAGGCGACUCCAGAGACACUGUGCACAGGGAGACAUUUCACCCAUUUGUCCCUGAGCAGCACCUCACUGCCAAGUUCCCCAAGAGCUUCUGGUAUUGGAGCUACUGCUACUACCCCAUCUCAGAGGGGCCAAACUGCUGCUCGGACGUGUCGGUGUCUUUCCACUAUGUAGAUGCUUCACACAUGUAUUUAUUGGAGUACUACACAUAUCACCUGCGUGCCUUUGGCUACAGAUACCGUUACCAGCCCCCUGCUCCACUAGGCUACAAUAUUGGACAGUCAAACUCCCAGGAUGCUGCAGAAGGAAAAAAAGAGCUGGCUUCUCAGGAGACAGGGCGAGGAGUGGGGGAUGAUCUGUCCAGAACUGACAAGAAACAGGAUGCAGAUCCCCCUCCUGCAGCUGGUAAAGACCCUCCUGCUGCUUCAGCGGCCAAGUAACAGUAGGACUGUGUGGGUGUGUGAAGGGAAUUGAUUACUAGGUAGGAAGAAUGUUGACUGUUUGUUUAUUCAUUCUGAUCUUUGCUCAUUUCUACAAAAGUAGAAAAACAGUCCACUUUGAUUUGAAAUGUCAAACCAGAUCCAUUCUCUACGGGGAAGUAGUUCUUGGCUUGCUGGAGUUGUUUGACUUGAAUUAAACCCAUUGUUAAUUAUGGGUCACUCCCUGUUUAUAGUUAAAGUUUCUGUGUCAGUUUGCCCCCGGGCUGCAAUCAAAUGCAUUUUCAUGAUACAGGCAAUUGUUUCGUCCAUGUUUGUUACUUUUUAAACUUUGAAUGCUGUGCUCGCUCCAAGAAGAUUAAUUUCAUAUGAAGAAAUUCUUCUACAGUGGGGCAAAAAAAGUAUUUAGUCAGCCAGCAGUUGUGCAAGUUCCCCCACUUAAAGAGGAGUCCUGUAAUUUUCAUCAUAAGUACAUUUCAACUAUGAGAGUCAGAAUGGGGGGGGAAAUCCAGAAAAAUCAUUGUUUAAAGAAUUUAUUUGCAAAUCAUGGUGGAAAAUAAGUAUUGUCAAUAACAAAAGUUAAUUUCAAUACUUUGUUAUAUACCCUUUGUUGGCAAUGACUUUUUCUGUAAGUCUUCACAAGGUUUUCACACACUGUUGCUGGUAUUUUGGCCCAUUCCUCCAUGCAGAUCUCCUUUAGAGCAGUGAUGUUUUGGGGCUGUUGCUGGGCAGCACAGACUUUCAACUCCCUCCAAAGAUUUUCUAUGGGGUUGAGAUCUGGAGACUGGCUAGGCCAUUCCAGGACCUUGAAAUGCUUCUUAUGAAGCCACUCCUUCGUUGCCUGGGUGGUGUGUUUGGGAUCAUUGUCAUGCUGAAAGACCCAGCCAUGUUUCAUCUUCAAUGCCCUUGCUGAUGGAAGGAGGUUUUCACUCAAAAUCUCACGAUACAUGGCCCCAUUCAUUCUUUCCUUUACACGGAUCAGUCGCCCUGGUCCCUUUGCAGAAAAACAGCCCCAAAGCAUGAUGUUUCCACCCCCCAUGCUUCACAGUAGGUAUGGUGUUCUUUGGAUGCAACUCAGCAUGCGUUCUCCUCCAAACACGACAAGUUGUGUUUUUACCAAAAAGUUCUAUUUGUUUCAUCUGACAUUCUCCCAAUCCUCUUCCGGAUCAUCCAAAUGCCCUCUAGCAAACUUCAGACGGGCUUGGACAUGUACUGGCUUAAGCAGGGGGACACGUCUGGCACUGCAGGAUUUGAGUCCCUGGCGGCGUAGUGUGUUACUGAUGGUAGCCUUUGUUACUUUGGUUCCAGCUAUCUGCAGGUCAUUCACUAGGUCCCCCGUGUGGUUCUGGGAUUUUUGCUCACCGUUCUUGUGAUCAUUUUGACCCCACAGGGUGAGAUCUUGCGUAGAGAUCCAGAUUGAGGGAGAUUAUCAGUGGUCUUGUAUAUCUUCCAUUUUCUAAUACUUGCUCCCACAGUUGAUUUCUUCACACCAAGCUGCUUACCUAUUGCAGAUUCAGUCUUCCCAGCCUGGUGCAGGUCUACCAUCUUGUUUCUGGUGUCCAGCUCUUUGGUCUUGGCCAUAGUGGAGUUUAGAGUGUGAUGUUGUGGACAGGUGUCUUUUAUACUGAUAACGAGUUCAAACAGGUGCCAUUAAUACAGGUGACCAGUGGAGGACAGAGGAGCUUCUUAAAGAAGAAGUUACAGGUCUGUGAGAGCCAGAAAUCUUGCUUGUUUGUAGGUGACCAAAUACUUAUUUUACAGAGGAAUUUACCAAUUCAUUAAUUCAUUAAAAAUCCUACAAUGUGAUUUCCUGGAUUCUUUUCCCCCCAUUCUGACUCUCAUAGUUGAAGUGUACCUAUGAUGAAAAUUACAGGCCUCUCUCAUCUUUUUAAGUGGGAGAACUUGCACAAUUGGUGGCUGACUAAAUACUUUUUUGCCCCACUGUAUUUGUCUCAAAUAGUAUUUUUUUAAGUUUCCACGAGGGAUGAUACCAUACUGAAGACAGACUAGUCAUUAUUUGUGUACUUGUAGUCUUGGUGAUAAUGCAGUGAAUCUUGGAGGUUCUCAUUAGUUUCUGUAAUUGGUGUAUGUUCAGUUAACAGCAAACGUUCAGGAAGCUUAUCGGUUCAUUUGAUCUGGAGUCUGUGUUUGACUUACCCGGCGGGCUGAAGGUGUGUUUAACAACCAAACAUCUUUCUUUCUUGAGUGAAACAGGGUCUACUAACCAUCCUUAACAAAAGCUUACCUACCUGUUCUUCCUGAAACCGGCACUGGAUGCACACACACAUUUCAUAGUUCCCCUCAUCUUUCCCCAGUGGACCCAUUAGCUUGUGCCUUGUAAAUUGAGAUUGUAUGAGCCAUCAGCUGCACACAUGACUUUUCACUGUGACAUUACCAUGAUAAGAGUGAUGCUUUCAGAUGGAGUAUAAUUUUAUUGAAUCCUUCCAAUGUAAUGAGUAUAGCCUUUGGGCAAGCCAGCAGAUGACUUGUUCAUGACUGUUUUUUUUGAAUAAGCAAGAAUUUUUCAGUUUCUACAAUGUUGUGUAAUUACUAAAUUCUGGGUGGGCCAGGCCUUUUAUUUUGUAGUUAAUACAUUGUGUAUAUUUAAAGUAUUCAUAACAGUUACUUUAUUACUUUGUAACCAAACAAGUAAUCAAUUUUGUGGAAGAUACAGUAAUUACCAAAUACAGAAAACAGCUUCAGGAAUCAGGCGGCAUUCAGUGAUGAUUCAAACAAAACACAUUUCUCAUUUAUGUGAAAAUUGCAUGCACUUUUGAGUGUUACAAGUGAUUUUCGUUUUAACCACUUAAACCUUUUAUUCUCCAUCAAGGUUAAAACUGUAUGAGGUAACUAAAGUGUAUAAAAUGCCUUUUUGUAAAUGUUUACACUCAAGUGUUUCCUUCUGUACAUGAGCACAUAGCAUAUUUUGUUUUUUGUUUUUGUUUUUUGUAUUAAAAAUGGAGUCCAAUUGAAACCAAAUCAGCAUGUUUUACAUAAUGGUUUAAUUUUAAAUAAAUUCACUCGCUUGUUGUCAAGUGAAUUAACAGUCUAGCAAAGGGCUGCCGUGCAGAUUCUUACAAGCAGUGGAUCAAAGUCCUGAAGGCCCAAACACUUUAUUGAUAACCGCCACAUUUGGUUUCUGAUGCGAGAUACAACACGUCAAGUCCUCGACAAUCUACUCCCAACAUUUAAUUUGAUUCAAAGGGAAAGGUGUACAGUAUUGUAUUUAUAUUUUAAAAGUAUUUAUGUUGGUAUUGCCAUCUAAAUGGAGUCGAUAUGCUUUGGUGUGUAAAUGAGUUUGUGUGAGCACACGUGAUCAGUGUGCAGGAUCGUUUUCAGUGAAUGGUACUUUAAUCACUAUAAAUAAAUGCAUAUUUUAUUGUA